AUGCCGUACAAUACUCGUCGCAAGUCGUUGUCGUUGCCGUCAUUGGGCAUCCAUGUGCCCAUUACGCACGCUGCCCGCUCUGCGCACCGUCCGUCGGCAAGCCAGGGUCACAACAACACCCGCGGCACUGCAUCGCCGGCACUGUCCUCCACACACCGCCAUCCCUCCCCUCCUUCCUCAGCCAUCCACGAGGCUCCAUCCGACGCUUCGCAUCGCCACCCAAACAAAAAAGUCAAGCGCUCGCACGGCUCUAGCUCCAUAUCCUCUUUGGCUUCUACGGCAACCGCUGUCGGCGCAAAUGUCCCGGCGUCCACUCCGCCGCCUUCGCCCAAACACAGCCGCCGUCUCUCCGUAGAGAUGGAUGACUCGGAUGCGCUGGCGACCGAGACUGAAAUCGACAUCGAUGCCAUCAACGACGAUAUUGUCGAAGCUGUCAUUCUCCAGCUUCUGGCCACCGGCAAUCGGCCUCACCUGAUCAAGGAGCUCUCGGCUAUCUUGAUGCAGCAUCUCCGAUCUGUUCAGCAGUCAGCAAAUCCGUGCGCCAUCAUCUCCUCCCGCUUGGCAACUUUUAUGAAACGGCCGACCUGGUCAGCUUCCAUGCGCUGUCCCCUGGCGAAGGAGCUCGAGACCAUCCACCCGCGGCGGACAUACUAUUUUCUCACGACCUGUGCCCACCUCCCUCUUCCCGAUGCUUCGUCGCCUGCCUUUAUUGUUCCGCGCACCAGCAUCAUCACGCCGCCGCUGUCGAGUGCCGCAUCGGGGUCAGAGUCGGCCGAAGAGGAGCGUCGGCGAGAGCUGAGCCCGUCGCCCGAGGUGGAUCUGUCGUCGCCAGAAUUCGAUGAUGUCGACGAUGACAUUCCGAUGCCCGGCACUCCCAUCGGCUCGUCAUCUCUCCGCUUUUCCCACGCGUCACACCGCGGCUAUGUGCCACGCAACCAGCGCGGUGCAUCGCCACCGCUGGAGAAGGAUGAGAAGGAGUUUACACAGACGGCGGAGGGCUUGCAGAAACGCAAGCUUGCCGGCCAUGCACUGCUGAUGCCGUCGGCAUCACCAAAUGUGGUCUCGCCGUCGGCAACCGACGCACUUCAUUCUAGCCAAAACACUGAGAUGGACGAUGCGGCACGCGACGAGUCGGUGCUGUUUGGCUUUGAGUCGCGGCACAUGUCUGUGAACAGCGUCAAUGGCUUAUCGGGCACGACCAGUCCGGCAAUGCGGCCUACCUUUGUGCUGGGCCAAAAGAAAGAGUCCGAGUCUGAUGGCUGGGCCAAGCUCGACUCGUUGCUCGACUGGGACCGCAGUCCGGAAAACAUUGAGCUCGAUGAGCUCGACGGCCUCCUCGACGACUUUUAA